AUGCCCCCGACAUCCUCACAUAUAUUUCAGAAUGCUCGAUCAAUCAACAUCAACAAUCCUAGCACCACUGCGGAUUAUUUCGCCGCCCAGUGGAUAAAUCCAGGCGAUAUUUUCUCCAUUUUGCUGCUUUUAGGCCCAGAAGUGAUUCAACAAGCCGUGGCACAGUUGGCUGGACGUCAAAUUACCCCGGUGGCGUUUUCUUUCGGAUGGGUCGCAUAUGCAGUGCGGGCACUGCUUGCAGCUGUCGGCGACGGCAAAUUAAUGCCACCGGUAGAGAGCGCGAACACCAUGGUGAUCACUACUGAGACGGGCCACAGUCGAAUCACGAACUCAUGGGUUCUUGGCAGACUUCUACGAGACACCAGCGAUAAAGUGGAUGAUGAAAUGAGCGGAGAGGCAGCACAUCGCAACACUGGAACCUGGUCAACUUGGACUCCGUCUUUUUGGAGAAGAGCGCUGGGAGUCCAACCGAAGAUCGGGCCGUCGCAACGUCCCUGGGAAGCAUUACGGAUCGCAUUUUACGACGUGAUAGAUGAAGAAGACAAUGACCAUGGGAUGCCAACGCGGGAUCCAAUCUGGCUUUCCGGAUUCGGUGUGAUUAUUGUUCAGUUGGUCAUUGCCAUCAUCCCUUGGGUGGCCAACGACGAGUGGGGGACCUUCUUGAUAACAUGCUAUGGCAAUUUCCUCGCAUUGCUAGGAAGCUCACUACCACAAUGGCGCCGGGAGAAAUGGCCGUGUCCACGGAAUGGAGGACCUACCAUCACUUUAACAGAAGGCAAUGGGAGCCGAUUUGCCAUGGUCAUUCGAGGUCAAAAGCGGGUGGGCCUCAACUUCGAGAUCCUGGCUCGUGGAAGCAGAACUGCACCGGCGUCUCUCACGACAAGACUCGUCACGUCAAUUCUAGCGAUCAAUUGGAUAGCGCUUCUUAUAUCAGCCACUGGUUUGCAGAUUGAUACCUGGUAUAUUCUUGGGAUUGGUGCAUUGGGCAGCAUCCAUAAUAUUGCUUGCGCAGCUCUCCCGCGCAGUCCCAGUGGCCUUGGUAUACAUAUCCGACCAAGCGGGGAGGUACUCAAGGGUCCUAGGGUCGCAGGUGUUUUGAGAAAUGCCGAAGAGUUAUACCCUGGGCUAGGGCUCUCACUUGUUCCCGUCUUCUUUCCGGGGUCAAUGAGAGUCCAGGAGCCUGAUUUUGACUUUUGGAGGCAGGCUCAAGAGCGAGUGAUGGUACCGAAUAAAUGGGGUGCACGAAUAGACAACCUGCCCCCUGCUCCCGAGAAGCGCUGA